AUGCUAUCUUCCUUUCCCCCAGCCUUCUGCACAGAGGAUGCUGAGAGAUACCUGCUCUUCGGUGUUCGUUAUCGCGAACGCUCUCUGUUCCUGGCUUCGCCCAACGUCACUUCCGCCGCGGGACUGAGUCCUGGUGCCCCACGUGGAGGCGCUUCCGGACAGGGGGGGAGGGGUUGGGACGGAAGUGGCGCUGCAGCAAGGGCGUCCCGAGCGAGCAGCAUGGCCCUGAACGCGGCAGGCAACGAUGAUGGGAAUUGGGAGCCACCUUCAGAGGCAGAGCUGAAGGUGAUCCAGGCACGGAGGGAGAGGCAGGAUAAGAUCAGCAGAGUGAUGGGCGACUACCUGCUCAAGGGGUACCGCAUGCUGGGGGAGUGCUGUGAAGAGUGUGGGACCAUCUUGCUCCAAGACAAGCAGAGGAAACUUUACUGCGUGGCCUGCCAGGAGCUCAACUCUGAUAUUGACAAGGACAACCCGGCCUUGAACGCCCAGGCUGCCCUGUCCCAGGUCCGUGAGCGCCAGCUGGCCUCCACCUCCGAGGAGGCCGUGCCUCUUGGGUACCUCCCAGCCGCCCAGCAGCAGCCCCAUGUGCCGCGCCCAGAACACUGUGAGGGGGCGGCCUCGGGACUCCGAGCUGCCGCCACUGCGGCUGCUAUACCACAGGCCCGGCCUGCCCCAACGCUUGCCCAGCCUGCUAGCCCCCUGGCUGCAGCAGAGGAUGCCAUCCUCCAGAAGCUAGGCUGGGCCAGCCAGGAGCUCCAGCACAGCGCCUCCAUCGAGCUCAGCCUCCAACUAUGCAGCCUCAUCCGCUCCUGCUCUGAGUCCUUGAAAUGCCUCAGGGAGCUGACCCCACAGUGAGUCGCCCAUGUCGACCCCGGCCAUCUCAGGGGCAGCGACCAGGCCCCAGAACACUGACUACACCUGGCACAGCCAGGCCGAGAGGAGGUGAGGACACCCCCCCAGAGACUCUGUUUCGCCAGCCCCUAUCGGCUGGGCAGAGAUCCUGUUCUUUGUCUGUAGUUUCCGAUAAAAACUCCGAAAUCUUG